AUGGCGGCCGUUGAUAUUUUCGUAUUCGUAUUUACACAUUUCUGCUUCAUUAUCUUUUGUAUAUUCUCUGUUAUCAUUAUUAUUGUCUCUGUUCGCUUUCUUACUUUUGUUAUUGAUUUAAGUUACUAUCCAGCCACCGUUCGACGGAGACUGUUACUCUCAUUAGUGUUAUUCUGUUUCACAUUAUCUUCUCUCUAUCCUCGUGGUCACGUAAGUCACAUCUGUUCAGAUGAUUAUCUAUCUAUCUAUCUAUCUAUCUAUCUGAUUUUGCAUUCUCUGUUUCAGGAUUUCUCUGUCUCUCUUUCUCCGUCUCUAUCCUUAUCACUUUUUGUGUCUCUAAUCGAUGUCUCCCUCUAUUUCUCUCUGUGCCUUUAUCUCUGUCCCUUUCUCCGUCUCUAUCUGUCUAUGUGUCUCUUUGUAUCACUUCGUCUAUGUUUCUGUCUGUAUCAGUCUCUGUGUGUGUCUUUCUCUCUUUCUCUCUCUCUCUCUCUCUCUCUCUCUCUCUGCAUUUAUUUCUAUUUCUACCACGAUCUCUAUCUUUCUCCGUCUCUGCCUUUCUUUAUAUUCCUCACUGUCUCUCUUUCUCUAUCCGUAUCUCUCUGUGUGACUAUUCACUGUCUCUCACAGUCUCUGUCUCUAUCUAUCUAUCUAUCUAUCUAUCUAUCUAUCUAUCUAUCUAUCUAUGUCUCUCUCCAUCUCUGCAUUUCGUGUCGCUCUCUCUCUCUCUCUCUCUUUGUCUCUGUCUCUUCUAAUUACUCUCUCACUCUUUCUCUUUCUCUUGCUCUCUCACUAUCUGCCUCUAUUUCUGUCCCUUCUUCUAUCAUUCUCUGCCUUUGUCUGUCCCUCUCUCUGUGCCUCUGUGUAUCAGCGUCUCUCUCUCCCUCUCUCUCUCUCUCUCUCUCUCAAGUCUCCCUGUUUGUCUCUCCCCUUCUAUGGCUGCGUCUGUCUCACUCUGUGUGUGUGUCACUCUUUCUCUCUGUCUCUUUCUCUCUUUCUGAGUCUAUUUCUGUAUCUGUCUCUCUUUCUCUCACUGUCUCAAUCUCUCUGUGCUUCUAUUUCUAUACUGAUUUCCAUCUUUUCCCAUAUCUGUCUUUGUCUCUCUCCUUCACUCUGAAGACGUUACUUAAUUAUCUAUCUAUCUAUCUAUCUAUCUAUCUAUCUAUCUAUCUGUCGAUCUACUCCUCAUUGUCUAUUCCUAUCUAUAAUUUUUUUUCUUCGAAUUUCUAA